CAACCCUACAUUAACAACAGAACCAGGCAUAUUGACGUUGUGCUGUGGUUGAUCAUACUCCAGUUUAUGACAAGACAACAACAAAAGAAAACGAGAAGGGCGCUUCUGAUUUCAACGAAGCCCUGAAAAUGAAAAAGAGAAGAUUUUUAAAUGACUAAAAAAAUUACGAAGUUCAUGAUGCCUGUGAUUUUUUUCCUUUUAUUGGUGGUAGCGAUAUACUUCAGUUCUGAUCAACAGUUCUGUGAUGCAGCGAGGGACCAUGGACUAAAUCCCAAACCUUUUUACAAACUGGAUGUUUCCUGGCCAAACCUUCCAGAACUCUUCACUGGCCAAGUGUUUGCUGUUGCUGUUAACCCCGUGAAUGGUGUCAUUUAUGUUGCCCAAAGAGGGGAUAAUGUGCCAAAGGUUCUCGUGUUUACCAGGGAGGGAUAUUUUCUUCAGGCCUGGAAUACUUCAUCAAUUGAAAUGCCUCAUGGUAUAUUUAUAGCCAAUGCCUCCUCUAAUCCAUCUAUAUGGAUCACUGAUGUUGGAAAUGGAAAGUAUGGGCACACCAUCAAGCAGUAUACCCCCUCAGGUGAACUGAUUCAGGUUCUGGGGUCAGCAGGAAAAGCUGGAACAGAUGUGAACCCACUUCAGUUUGACCAGCCAGCUGAGAUAUUUGUUCAUAGCUCUGGAGAGGUCUACAUUGUUGAUGGAGAUGGAGGAUUAAACAACAGGCUUAUUAAACUGUCAAAAGAUUUAGAAGUGGUCUGGAUGCAUGGAGAAAAGGGAACAGGCCCAGCUCAGUUCUACAUCCCUCACAGUGUUGCUGUGGAUUCAUUUGAAAGAGUGUGGGUUGCUGACAGAGGAAACAAAAGAAUCCAGGCUUUUAAUGCUGUCACAGGGGAUUGGCUGGGAUCGUGGAGCAGCUGCUUUGACAACGCUCCAUAUUCUGUCAGGCUCACACCAGACCAGAAAUAUUUCAUUGUUGCCCAGUUGAACAUCAAUCAAAUAACUAUCUUGGAAGCACCACCAGUGGGAGCUAUCGGGUACUGUAAGAUAGUAAGUGUUAUCCAGCUGGGUGAAGACGUCAAACCUCACCUUGUUGACUUGGACCUGAAGACCGGAGAUCUUUAUGUGGCUGAAAUCGGGGCACAGCAAGCACAGAAAUUUAUACCAAUUUAUACAUAAAUCCAGUCUUUUUCUUUGUUCUUUUUGUUAUGUUUGCAGGCUAAGUUUCAAGCAAAACAAUGUAUAAUUUUGAAGGGUAAUUGAACUUUGUAACUUUCAUACUGAAGUUUGGACCAAAAUAAAUACUUCCAAACUCUUAAAUCAAUAAUAAUGGAAUUAACUUUGAUAAGUAGGAAAUCAAAGAUGCAUAUUAGGAAACAAAACAAGAAAUUGUGUUCAGAAUUUAUAUUCUAGAAUAUAUAAGGAAAAAGGCUAGGUACAUAUUGAUGGUGUUUUUUUUCUGUUGCACAGUUUAAUCUUGUGUUAUCUCUAUUUUGGGAUUGGUUAGGUGGUAGUUGUUUAAAAAUAUGAUAUGAAGUCACCUGAAACACAACUGCAGGAAUAGCACUCUCACAAAAAAAGAAGUACACCGACACUCUCAUUCAUACACUGUAGCUAAAGGGAAAAUUGCAUAUCGUCUCUCAAAAAGCUUGAAAAAUGGACACUGCAUAUAUUACAGUAAGUGUAGGAAGUUACACCAUUGUUGGUUGUUGUUUUUCAUAUGAAUUAUGUCUCGCUGUUUUACCUCACUAGUUUUAAACUCUUAACUGUGCCAGACUUGUGUAACUAAAAAAUAUGCUGUAUGCCAUGUCCUUGUGCCAUAUAAACUUCACUGAAAAGUAUUUGUUUCACAUUGUAUCUUCCCUGACAAAACAUUGAAAAAAUGUUAUAAACCCAGAGCCUUAAUGCAUCACAACACAAAACAACUGCAUGUUUCCAUAACAGUAAUGUGUUUGCAUGCAAGUGAUGAUCCACCAGAUACAUUGAGCUAAAUGUAUAGCAGUACUUAUUGAUGAUAGAAAGUAGACAAUAGUAUCAAGUGAAUGGACUAAACCCUUUGGAAGGUAAGCUUGUUCAAUACAUUUGGUAUGGUCCUCCUAAAGUACAGUUAUAGUAACGUAAUUACAAAAACAGGUACAGGCAUAAGACGAGUCAUUGAUGAAAGAACACAUUUUUCUCAAAAGUUGAUCAAUGUAAUCCACUGGAAUUAAAGUGGUCUUAACUGGAAAUAAAAAUGUGUAUUUUGUUUGUUGGUGUGUGCAGCAUUGCUGUGCUUCAAUUAGUGGUAAUUGCCAGUAGAGUUUGCCUCCAAUUUUUCUUAAAUGAAACACAUUCCAUUUGUUCUUACUGGUAUACUGUAUUAUUAUUAUUAUUAUUAUUAUUAUUAUUAUUAUUAUUAUUGCUGCUAUAUGUUCAGUUUAUUUUCAAAAGUUCAAUUCAGGGGUAGAUAUCUGAUUUAAUCAGGUUUACCCCUAAAAUCAGAACUCUCUGUUAAAGAUAAAUCCUAAUUUAUUUUUGUGAGCCAGCGUGAUGUUUCCUAAAAUUAAGUGAUGUAAAUUAGGUUGUAUGUAAUGACUCAAUGAAGACCUUAGUAAUACUGUAUUUGAUUACUGUUUUUUUUUUUUGUUUUAUAAAUGUUUUUUUUAUCCUACAUGUGAAAUCAAAUAUUGUGCAAUAAAAGGUAAUGUAAUCUUCA